AAAUAGCGCUAAGGUCCCUCCUCUAGCCCUCAUUCUUUCAUGAACUCUCUCUCACCUCACAUAAGGUAAGUUGUGAGUGGCGGUCUCAUCGAGCCAGGAACCGAGGGUCAUAAAGGAGAAGAACUUAAGUAUCGGCUCGUCGUUUGAUCGUUGGAUCGUCGUCAUUCCGCAUAAAGAACGAUGAAUUCCAAAUCAGGUACACAAAGAAGACACCCGAAACAGCAGAAUUCAAACGAGAAAGCCUCCUGUCCUUUCCUUGGCGAUGUUGAGAAGAGCGAUCGGCGAUAAAAUCUUCUCCCUCAACGUAGACGAGGUGACCCAUCAAGUCUAUGAAGGAGUGCUUCUGAAGGACGACAAGAAGCAGGGCCAGGAGGAUCAGGCGAGUUCCAAAGGACCAAAAAGAACAUGUUUUGCUCAGAUAGAAAAUUGAUUAAUUGAGAAAAGAUUUCGCUCGGUUGUGAUGCCCGCCAUGAAACUAACUGUAUGAUAUGCAGGAAAAGUCUAUAAAAUCAAGGCCACUUGCAGAUGAUAAGUUCAUCUAUAAAGAGGUCAUCAUGGACCGGAUGGGAGCUCAGUAGCUCCUGACUGGACGGGAGCCGAGUUUUGUUCUGAUUUUGUUAAUGUCUCACUCGAUAACUGCUUUGUGCACAGCCAUACAUAAACAAGUACUGGGUUGACAAGGAGCUCAACAGGAACUGCUUGAUGGUUCUGGCUUCGGCCUUAUCGAUCAUUUGCAGUGACCGUAGCGAAUACUGGACAUGGGCAGAAGAGGAGGAAUCAUGCUAUCCGAGCAACGUAAAUCUGCACGUUGCCAGGCUAAACUACGUUUGCUGGCUAGAUAUCAAAGGGAAAUGCAAAACGAGUGUGCUCUCUCAGAGGACGAUGUAUGAAGUCGCGAUCGUCGUGAAGAUGAGCAGUCAAAACUACGGAUGGGAAAUGCCGGUGAACCUCAGUCUCGAAUUCCCGGAUGGAAACAGGCAGGUACGCAUGGAAAGAUUGGACAAUUCGGAAAAGGAAAGGUGGAUUCCUAUAAGCAUCGGCAAAUUCGAGAUGACACCCAAAACCAUUGGCGAGAUGAGCUUUUCCCUCACCCAAACUGGUAACUAUUGGAAGUCCGGCCUCUCCGUCAAAGGCGUUAUUUUCAAACCAACAGCAGAGAACGAGCAGCCAAAAUAAAGCGUGAAUUGUGGCUCAAGUGUUCUGUAUUAAUCUCCUCUCUGUGUAUGCUGAUGCAUCGUUGCAAUGAUACUUUCCCGAACUCGUGGCAAACAAUAUCUUCGACUUGAAUCAUGCUGAGUUCUUAAGUUUUGCUGACCAAGGAAACCUGUUAUUUUUUCCAGUUGACAGUGUUUCGACGAAUUAGAAGGCCGAGAUGUCCAAGAGUUACUAGAUUUCUACCAGAUCAAAUCAGACGGAAGCAAGU